AAGCUGGUAAGAAAAGAAUGACACUUAGUCGCUGAAGAAAGGAGCACCACUUGGUCCGCCUUUUCUCUGAGGCACGAGAAGGAAGGUGGGAUUAUGAAACGCGGGAAAGGCGGGAGCCUGGAAAACUGUUGAAUUUCUGCUUGCUGUACAGCAAGCGCCAGUUGCACGUCGUCUGCGUCUUUUUUGCUUCUUCCCCCCUGAUGUGAGGAAGAAACAGGGCAAAUGACUCGUAAAAGAAGGCUUGAUAAACUGUAGCGGGUUUGUUGGAUGGACCUGAGAAGGGGAGGAGAGAAGCCUGACUGAAGUCAUCGCUUUGCACAGGCUGACGAGAAGGGACAGGAGGCGGCGAGGCUGUUGCACAAACAGGCGAGCUCCUGGAGAGCGUGCAAAGGUCCUCCCGCCCCUCUUUAACGUGGUAGAUUGAAAUCCUGGCGGGCACACACACGAUACGCGCCCAGCACAGCAAACAGUCAACAGAGCAUCAUUCAUGGCCGAGGAGACUGAAUAGGGAAAAGAAACUAAAACAAAUAAAAGCCACGGGAGAAAGGAGGAGGCUCAGGGAGCUGAGGGAAAGCAGUGGCAGCAAGUAGCAUUGCCUAAGAGAACCGCCCGCGUCUACUAUGGCGUUGGGACCAACCAUGCAGGGACUUCUGCGGGAUGGACCGCCGCUUAAGUAAUCCCUCCUGAGGGUCAGAGGCUUCCAGGUUUGGUGGUGGAAGAGAAGACUCGGGAGUGAGCCAGAGGUUUCGCUCAGCACCGCCUGCGUCCGCUUCUGCUUCUGCUGCCUUGGGAUUUAUUUAUUUUUUCUUUCCCCUGGAGAUGGUGUUUUGCUGACCGUCGGUUUCUGCAUCUCUCUCCAUUGAUGUCCAUUGCAGCUGGAUUUUGUUCCUGUGGGAUUUUUGUUCCGCGAGAGGAGCUGCUCGGGGUGCCAAAAAGUUGCAGUUUGUUUCUAAUCCAUACACACACAAGCCACACACGCUUUCAGCCUUCCUUCCAUCAUGUGCGCCAACAUCGUCUACGAGUGGCUGAAGACCCUCAAGCUCUCUCAGUAUGCCGAGUCCUUUGUAGAUAAUGGCUAUGACGACCUGGAAGUAUGCAAGCAAAUAGGAGACCCGGACUUGGAUGCCAUCGGAGUCUCGCUGCCACAGCACAGGCGCCGGAUCCACGAAGCCGUGCAGAGGCUGAAAGAGGAGGACGAGACCACAGCUGGGCUUUACUUCACCUUGGAACCUCAGCAGCUGCAGCAUGGCUUCCCCUCCCCAGAGAUCUACACCAGCCAUCUGGUGGAUCAGUACGAGGCCAAAACUUGGAAGGAGCCACCUCCUAAGCAUCCUCAGCCUCCGGGGAACCUGGAGAUCCCCAGGAAAUUGGUCACCCGCAGCAGCAAGGAGCUGAUUACUUACCCCAAGCUGAAAAUGAAAAUCAUGAUUAGGGAUAAACUCAUCCGAGAUGGGAUCAACCUCAGUAAGCCCCCUUACUCCAACAAGACUGUGAAGACUGUCCCUACACAUUUUGAAUUCAGCGUCCAUAUCUCAUGUAAUUUAAGUGUUAUUUUUGAUGUCUGA